AUGCUUCAGAUCCGGCUUAAGAGUGUUGCACCCCCAGAGGGUGCUGCAGGGGUAAAACCCUUGCCAGCGGAGACUGUGACAGUUGCAUGCCCUGACCACCUUGUCCUUGCUGAUCUUCCUGUCGCAAAGGGCAUUGGUGCAUCAACCAUUGCUUCAAUUGUCAAGACUGUAGGUCGCAGGUCCCGUCGCCAGCUUGGAGAACGGGUUCACUUUUGUGUUCGCUGUGAUUACCCAAUUGCUAUCUAUGGACGCCUGAGCCCUUGUGAGCAUGCCUUUUGUCUGGAUUGUGCUAGGAGUGACUCGAUCUGCUAUCUUUGUGAUGAACGCAUCCAGAAGAUCCAGACGAUCAAAUUGAUGGAGGGAAUCUUUAUUUGCGCAGCCCCGCACUGUCUGAAAUCUUUCCUAAAGAGGAGUGAAUUUGAAUCUCAUAUCCACGAGAACCAUGCUUACCUUCUUCAGCCAAAUGCGGACAAAAUGGAUGGAAAUGAAUCAGAAGCUCGGAGUACCAAACAAGGUACAGUAUCAGAAUCCACUGGCCGUGCUCCACCAAGGCCAGUCUUUUCUCCGGGUUCAAAUUCCCAGCUCCAUGACCGUGAGGACAAAGCUCGUCUUCAACAGCCUAGAGAACAGUCACUUCCAAGGCCAGUCAUGCAGCCCAACCCAGCCCCAGCUUUUGGGCAACUUCAGAAUAACCCAGCAGAUCUCAGUCGUCCCCCAGGCUUUGACAGGCCUAGUCCCCACAAUCUCUUCCAUCAACAAAGCUAUGAUUCAGUGGGUAAUACAAUGCAGGAAUCUGGCCAGUUUUCAGAUAAGCAGCAGACUCCCUUUUCUGAAUACCCACCCAUGCAUUCUAUUCAGCCCCCCAAUUAUGCAGUUCCCAUUAAUUCGAAUCAAGUGCGGAUGCCCUCCCUUCCAUUUGCCUAUCCUUUUCCUGUUGAUGGAUCUCAACCAUUUUAUAAUGCUCCCUAUGAGAUUGCACGGCAGGAUUCAGCACCAGAUGUUGGACAAGAACAGGGGUCGUUAUUGGGUUUUCCCCCAGGUUCAGCAGGGAACAUGAAUUUCGCUGCUAGUUAUCCACAGUCUUGGAAUGCAGGACAGGCCGGUGUUCCUUUUGAAGCUGCACAAGGGGGUCAAGGAACUGCAGAUGGUUUCUCUAACUCCUCAGAGUCUCAAGGACAAGUUGCAUUUUAUCAAGGAGAAUACGGACGGAAUCCAGGGGGUUUGCCUUUCAAUCCUCAGCAUAUGACCAACAAAGCAAUGGAAGCAGUGCAGGGUGGAAAUUCUAUGGAUCCAAGAGAUGGCAAAGGUAUAUUAGCAUCACAGCCCAUGCCGCUUCCUCCGCCGCCUCCACCCCCUCCUCACAUGUCGCAGCUCAAUCGUCAGUUUUAUCAAGGUGAUACCGGUCGAGAUGGACAGGGGUAG